GCCUCGCUGCUCGUACGCACGUCUGCUCAUUUUUGGGGGCACAGAAGCAACAAAAAGGACUUGACCGCUUGAAAACCUUCAAGCGUCGCUCAGCUCUCUCUUCAUCAUGUUAUUAUUACAGUUUUGAGCUCGCUCGCGUCCUUUGUUUUUCCUGCUGAAGCGUCUGAGUUGACUGGUACCGGGAGGAGGACGAGAAGGAGGAGGAGGACUCGGUUCUUCUACGAGAGGAAAAAAAACGAGCAGAAAAAGGAGAAGAAUGCAACACUGGACUCCUGCUCGUGUGUUAUUUCUGCACUGGUAGAGAGUUUUUUUAAGCUGCAGGUAUAUAACACAUUGAAGCUUUCGUUCUCUUCAAUAAACGGCCACUACAAAAAGAAAAGACGAAAGCGCUGCAACGUUACAAGUCAUCACCUCAAACACCCAAGACAGUCCUCGACUCACUGGGCAUCACCCUCAAACCCGAGGAACGAUGUCUUCUACGAAAUUCAAGAAGGAUAAAGAGAUCAUAGCGGACUAUGAGACCCAAGUGAAAGAGAUCCGUAACCAGCUGGUGGAGCAGUUCAAAUGCUUGGAGCAACAGUCUGAGUCUCGUAUCCAGCUGCUUCAGGACCUGCAGGAGUUCUUUCGCCGCAAAGCAGAGAUUGAACUGGAAUACUCUCGCAGCUUAGAGAAACUGGCCGAGAGGUUCUCCUCGAAGAUCCGUAGCUCCAGGGAGCACCAACAGUUCAAGAAAGACCAGCACCUGCUGUCCUCAGUAAACUGCUGGUAUUUGGUGCUGAACCAGAUGAGGCGAGAGAGCCGUGACCACGCCACCCUCAGCGACAUCUACACCAACAACGUCAUCAUCCGCCUGGCCCAGAUCAGCGAAGACAUCAUCCGUCUGUUCAAGAAGAGCAAGGACAUUGGAAUCCAGAUGCACGAGGAGCUGGUGAAGGUGACGAAUGAACUCUACACUGUGAUGAAAACAUACCACAUGUACCACACUGAGAGCAUCAGCGCAGAGAGCAAGCUGAAGGAUGCCGAGAAGCAGGAGGAGAAGCAGUUCAGCAAGUCCGGAGAUCUCAAUGUGAACCUCCUGCGCCACGAGGACCGUCAACCAAGACGCAGCUUUGUCAGGAAAAUUGAGAAGAUGAAAGAGAAGAGGCAAGCCAAGUACUCAGAGAAUAAGCUGAAAUGCACAAAAGCCCGGAAUGACUAUUUGUUGAACCUGGCAGCAACAAAUGCAGUUGUGGCAAAAUAUUACAUCCAUGACGUCUCUGAUAUGAUUGAUUGUUGUGACCUGGGCUACCAUGCUAGCUUGGCACGCACCCUCAGGACCUACUUAUCUGCCGAGUACAACUUGGAGACAUCACGCCACGAGGGACUGGAUAUCCUAGAGAAUGCAGUGGACAACCUGGAUUCCCGCAGUGACAAACACAAGAUCAUGGAUAUGCAUAACCAGGUGUUCUGCCCUCCAAUGCGCUUUGAGUACCUGCCACACAUGGGAGAUGAGGUGUGCCAGGUGAGCGCACAGCAGCCUGUCCAGACUGAACUCCUGAUGCGCUACCACCAACUGCAGUCUCGCCUAGCUACGCUAAAGAUUGAGAACGAGGAGGUGAGAAAGACCUUGGAUGCCACCAUGCAAACGCUGCAGGACAUGCUGACGGUAGAGGACUUUGACGUGUCGGAUGCUUUCCAGCACAGCCGCUCCACUGAAUCCAUUAAGUCGGUGGCCUCGGAGUCCUACAUGAGCAAGCUGAAUGUAGCCAAAAGGAGGGCGAACCAACAGGAGACUGAAAUGUUCUACUUUUCGAAAUUCAAGGAGUACCUGAAUGGCAGUAACCUCAUCAUUAAGCUGCAGGCCAAGCAUGACUUACUGAAGCAGACACUGGGAGAAGGGGAAAGGGCUGAGUGUGGAACUACAAGGCCCCCCACCCUUCCCCCUAAACCACAGAAAAUGCGGAAGCCUAGGCCACGCUCCGUGUAUAACCAUAAGCUGUUUAACGGCAAUAUGGAGACCUUCAUCAAGGAUUCAGGUCAACCAAUCCCACUUGUUGUUGAAAGCUGUAUCAGAUACAUCAAUCUAUACGGUUUGCAGCAGCAAGGCAUAUUCCGCGUGCCAGGAUCACAGGUGGAGGUCAAUGAUAUUAAGAACUCAUUUGAGAGAGGUGAAGAUCCCUUGAUUGAUGACCAGAAUGACCAUGAUAUCAACUCAGUGGCAGGGGUGCUGAAGCUGUACUUCAGAGGGCUGGAGAACCCCCUCUUCCCAAAGGAGCGCUUCCUGGACUUCAUCUCCACCAUCAAGCUGGAGUCUGGAGCCGAGAGAGCGCAUCACAUCCAGCAGAUUAUUGUGACUCUGUCUCGCACCAUCAUAAUCGUCAUGAGAUACCUUUUUGCUUUUCUCAAUCACCUCUCCCAGUACAGUGAUGAGAACAUGAUGGAUCCAUACAAUUUGGCAAUCUGCUUUGGUCCAACACUGAUGCCAAUCCCUGAUGGACAGGAUCCUGUAGCGUGCCAGGCUCAUGUGAACGAGGUCAUCAAGACCAUCAUCAUCCACCAUGAGCUCAUCUUUCCCAAUCAGCGUGAGCUGGACGGCCCAGUGUAUGAAAAGUGCAUGACUGGGGGGGAGGAGUACUGCGACAGCCCACACAGUGAACCAGGUACCAUUGACGAGGCUGACAAUGGAACUGAACCACACACCAGUGAUGAAGAAGUGGAACAGAUCGAGGCCAUCGCCAAGUUUGACUAUGUGGGACGCACUCCCAGAGAGCUGUCCUUCAAAAAGGGAGCGUCUCUGCUUCUGUAUCACCGGGCAUCUGAAGACUGGUGGGAGGGCCGCCACAAUGGCGUGGAUGGCCUCAUCCCACAUCAGUACAUUGUGGUCCAAGACCUGGAUGAUGCUUUUUCAGAUAACCUCAGCCAGAAAGCGGAUAGUGAAGCAAGCAGUGGACCGCUGCUGGAUGACAAGGGUUCAUCCAAAAAUGAUGCCCCGUCACCAUGUGAACAAUCACCAGAUUAUAACUUCGGAGGAGUCACGGGGAGGGUACGGCUACGGUCCGAUGGAGCUGCAAUCCCUCGUCGUCGGAGUGGCACAGAGACCCACAGCCCAACCAGAGUGGCCGACACUCCGCCACGGGCUGCAGCCUGUCCCAGCAGCCCCCACAAGGUGUCCAUCAGCAAGGGCCGUAUGGAGAGCCCAGAGAAGAGGCGCCUUGGUACCUUUGGGAGUGCAGGAAGCAUUAACUACCCAGACAGGAAAGCUUAUCCUGAGGGCCACCCUCUGAGACCAGUGCCAGGGGCCACUCGUCACAGCAGCCUCGGGGAUCACAAAUCGCUGGAGACUGAAGCUCUGGCUGAGGACAUAGAGAAGACGAUGACUACAGCACUUCAUGAGCUCCGUGAGCUGGAGCGACAGAACACAGUUAAGCAGGCUCCCGACGUGGUUUUGGACACCCUGGAACCCAUGAAGAACCCAGUUAGCUCCGAGCCCGGCAGUCCUUUGCACACCAUCAUGAUCCGUGACCCGGAUGCAGCCAUGCGCCGCAGCAGCAGCUCCACCUCUGAGAUGAUGACCACCUUCAAACCCGCCCUCUCCGCCCGCCUGGCUGGGGCUCAGCUGCGCCCCCCACCCAUGAGACCGGUGCGCCCCCCUCCCACCCAGCACCGCUCAAGCAGCUCCAGCUCCUCAGGGGUCGGCAGCCCUGCCGUAACUCCCACUGAGAAGAUGUUUCCAAGUAACAGUACGGCUGCUGGUUCUAAUAUGAAUACGCCCAGUGAUGCCGGAGAUAAAUCUGGUACCAUGUAGCAAAGGUGGAAUCUGCUGGAUGGGAAGGUUGAAAAGCUUCAGGGUAAAGCUGAUGGAAAUGAGUGCUGAUGUGUGAAAAGCAGAUAUGGAUAUUUUUUUUCUCUGUUUUCUGCCUGACUUAAUUCAUAUAUUCAGGAAGCUCUUGAAGCAAGCCUACAAUUUGUUACCAUGGUGAUAAAGCGGUGGAAGAGGCUGUAGAGGUGUGAUAGCGUAAAGCUCAACUCUCUUUGAAACUUGAUUAAGAAUACACGUAUUUCAGUUUUACCUCAGUUUCAAUAAGAAAAUCUGUGGCCAUUUCUCGUUUCAGAGAUACAAUGAAUGCAAGUGAAGCAAUACUUGUGUGACAUUUAUUUUCCACUCCGCACAUGUCGUCCAGCUGAUGUUUCACUCACUUCUACUGAUGUGGGUGAAACACCUCAUCAGGACGGGUGUUAACAUUCAGGCUAAAAUAUCAUGUCUGGUUACCAUUUAGGUCGCAGGCCUUAUGGCUGUACAUACAAACUUACUUGAAGUCACCAUGCUUUCUGUUUGUACUAUAAUACAGUGGAUGUUCAGCAAAGUAACAACUUAGUGAGAUUAUAUACUUCUGCAUGUAGAGUUUGGAGAAAAUACGGAAAAUGUUAAAGACUUGCAUUUUUGAGAAAAUUUUAAUGAUGUGGGUUUUUCUCAAAUGAUCAUUGUAAACAUAAAAUAUGAGUGUGAACCAAAUUUUGAUGGCUAAAAAAAAGCAGUUUCAGUUGUCUAAAUAUUUGACAAACUAUUACAUGGGGAUCUUACAGUUUGGUAUUUUAAAUCUGCCACCUGUGUGGUCGGGCUGCACAAUUAUGGCCAAAACAAUAAUCACUAUUAUUUUGACCAAUAUUGAGAUCACUAUUAUUUCUCACAAUUAUUCAUUGUUUUUAAAGAAAAAAUAUUUUUAUUGCACUUUUAAUUUUAAUAAACAGCACUGCUUUUAAUUUAAUGUCUUGCUGCAUUUCUGCUAAUGCAUUGAUGUUUGCAUUGAAAUAAGAACUAAAAUAAGGUUCCUUUUUUUAGCUGAAUUUAGGGCAUCUCUUAGAAGAAAUUGUACAAAAUGUUUUCACCCAAACUUGGAUCAAAGGAGCACUUUCACCUUGUGCUACAUUGCUGCUAAUUAACAAAUCUCUGCAUCAAAUCAGACUUAAAAGACUUGUUCAUGUGAAUUUAGUGCUUCUUCCAUGGAAACAAAACCGCUGCUGUCAAUAUUGCAGCCAGUCAUAUUCAUUUAAUCGUGCAAAGCCAAAACCAUGAUUGUGAUUAAUAUUCGAUUAAUUGUGCAGCCCGAGUGUGUGGUACUCUAGAUGUUGUACCUGAAGUCAUCCCUGCUGACGAUAAAAGCAUCAUGGCAUGAAGAUCUCUGACACAUUACUAAUCAGAACUUAACAAUUUUCCACCAUCACGUACGGUCAGACUGUGGGCAGACCCAACGCGUCUGCUUCCCUGUUUUUUUUUUCUAUGUCCUGUAUAUGAAAAGCAGAAAACUAAUGCAUCAACUAAUGUAGGAAUCCUGUGGUAAACCUGUACAUAAAAUAUAGCUAGUAAUUUUUUUUAAGUGUUAAAUCUUGUACAGGCUAAUACAAAAAAAGGCAACGGGUUGGCUGUGAAUGGUAAAGAUCACAAACCACCUUUUAAUCAUCUUCAGUGAGCUCCAAAAAUGUACUCUUUAACUGUGUAAAAUAGAGUUCAAAUCUUGUCCUGUGUGCUUAGGAUGCAUUUGGUAACUGUAAUGUAAAAAACUGAAUCUUGUUGAAUGGACAACAAAAGCUGAAUACAUUUUUUUCUCUGUUUUCGACACACUCGCCCAUUUUCACAAAAAAAACUUGAACUGUUGCCACUUCAUGUCUAAUUUGGGUGAUUUUAUUAUUGCGUAAGACAUAUGGAUGGAAAAGUACCCUCUGACAGUUCCUCUUUCAAAAUUCGAAAUGUGAUGCUCACCCCAGAGGAAACUUAGAAGUCGAUGUUGUGACAUACUGUUAUCGCAGCUAUCUCAGUUUCUUUCCUUCCUGCUUUUUUUCUUGUCCUUGAUGAAAGCUAACAGUCAUGCUCUGACUUCAGUUGGAAGCAAACUAAAUAGAGAACGUUUCAGUGUUUAUAUCUACUGUACCUCUCGUCAUUCUGGCAGCUCGUGUCCAGAGACCUUGUUAUCCGCAUCCCAAAGAGCCUGCUCUGUUCUGCAUGUUUUGCGCUGUAAUGUCUGACUCAUACUCUGCGGCAGUUAAACAAUGGCUGUAUGUGGUGCCUUGCCUUGGUAAAACGCACAAAUUAAUUCAAUAUUGGAUUUUUUUUUUUUUUUAUUUUUUAAAGAAAUGGGCCUUAACAUUUAAAGGGAUUAGGAAUGAUGAGUUAAGCAGUUGCUAAAAUUGCAAUGCAAAAGAAUAAUGCUUGAUUGAGUAAAAUAAACUUAAAUAUUAGCAUGUAAACCAGGCUCUGAUUCCACUGUCAACUCUGCAGUCGGUCUGUAUUCUGCAGUGAGAUACAUGAAUAUGUUUGCUUGUUGUCAAUGGACUGAUUUUUAAAAGCAGAGAGAUCCUGCAGCCAGAAAAAAAAGGCAAUACAGCAUUUAGACAGUGCACUCACGUCCUCUGCUGGUUCCUGCUGGUAUUGCCUCUAUGUGAUGUACCAGUGGAUACCGUCACCUUUACAUGGGCAUUAUGAUCUGGAGCUAAUAUUACAAUCACUGAGCUCAUCCAUAUAGUUCUCUUUGUCUGUCCUGGUUACAGUUUUGCACCUGAAAUCUAUGAAGAUACAAAAAAAAAAAAAAAAAAAAGUGUAUGUGUAUGAAAUACGAAGAAAGCACACAAUUUCAAAAAGGUGAAAUUAUCAUCGUUCUAUUUAACUAGACUGUUGUGUUUUUUUUUUUUUUUAUUUAUAGACACUUGUGUAAGUGGAGCCGGAAAUUUGAGUGCCUUUUGUGCACAACAUCAAUUUUUAUUGGACUUUUAUAUUUACUUUUUUUACUGUGAUAUGUUGUCUAUUAGUUGUCAUGUUUAUUAUAAACUGAUGAUAAACUGUUGCUUUUUUAGCUUUACUUUCGAUUGCUACUCAGUUGUCAAACCGCCACAAGGAAUACAUGGUGUAAAGAUAUUCCUCUCAUGAAUUACAAAAGAAUCAUCAUGAAAUGCUCGUCUGUUUUUGGGGUGAUUGCUGAAGAAUAGGAACUACUGUAUCUGCUGGUGACGUUCUGGAGAAUCAUCUCAGAAUAUUUCCCCCAUUUCUUUUUUAAUUGUGUGUGAACUGCCUGUGCUGUGGUUGAGCCGUAACUUGCCAUUUAGCUCCUUCCCUUCAUUGCAGUAUUGUUGGAAACAGCAGAACUGAUGUGGACCCUCCUUUUGCAGAGGUUAUAAAGCACCUGGUGCGCUGUCCUUCUCCCUACAUGUGAUGUUACUCAGACAUUUUUCUUUCCUGGAAUGUAUGCUGAAAUGGCUAAUACUGUUGGUCUGCUGGCAUGAGGAGACUGUAAGUUAAUGUUCAAAAGGGACAUCACAGUAAGAGAGCAGACUACUGUGUUGUGUGGACCGGAGUGUGAGUUGCUGUCACACUGUUUAACUUCUCUUUAAUUGUUUGUCUAGUGAUGCUGUCUGUUGAUGAGUGUCUGAUUGGUUGAAACCCUGUGAUGUAAUGUACACCAUACCACUGACUGGAUGUUGAAAACCCAUGCAUCCAAAUAAAACCAUUAUUGCUCUGUGAAAUUGA